CACUGAGGAACUUGUGAAGUAGACGAAACAUUUCGGGAAGACAUUCGCUAUUGAGUUGCAGUUACAACACCGUAUUGAUAUAUUUUUGUGCAAAAAAAGCUCAACAGACUACGUACGGUUUGGAUUCCCUCCGAAGUUUUCAUGGCACCACCAAGAAAGAGGGCGUUACCCAAACCCCUCCCAGAGGGCUUCGUACUGACCGACACUGAGCGGAAGCAAUGGAGGCUGGGGAAAAUCAUUGGCGAAGGUGGCUUUGGACUGAUCUAUCUUGCCUCCCGGGAUGUGAACAGACCUGUUGCGGCAGACACUGACUUUGUCAUAAAAGUGGAGUACCAGGAGAAUGGCCCCCUGUUCUCAGAACUCAAGUUCUACCAGAGGGCAGCCAAACCAGAGAGCAUGAAAAAAUGGAAAACAAGCAGGAAACUGGACUUCCUGGGCAUCCCAAUGUACUGGGGAUCAGGGCUCGCUGAAUAUAAUGACCUCAGGUAUCGCUUCAUGGCCAUGGACCGACUGGGCAGUGAUCUUCAGAAAGUCUGCGAAUGCAACGGAGGUCGACUGAAGAAGGCCACUGUGCUCCAGCUUGGUCAAGGACUGGUGUCUGUACUGGAGUAUAUUCAUGAGAAUGAGUAUGUCCACGCUGACAUCAAAGCUGCCAACCUCAUGCUGGGUUACAGAGACCCUGAACAGGUCUACCUUGCAGACUAUGGGCUGUCCUACAGGUACUGUCCUGAUGGAGUCCACAAAGAAUACAAGGAAAACCCCAAGAAGGGCCAUAAUGGAACCAUCGAGUACACCAGCCUUGAUGCCCACAAAGGACUUGCUCCAUCUAGACGCGGUGACCUCCAGAUUUUGGGUUUUUGUCUUCUUCACUGGUUAUGUGGGUCUCUGCCUUGGGACAGCGUUCUCAAGAACCCAACCCAGGUCCAGGAGGCCAAGACCAGACUGAUGGAUAAUCUGCCAGAGUCAGUCCAGCAGCUGUCAGUGAGCGGAGCCAGCACAGAUGAGGUGGCUUCAUUCCUCCUUUAUGUGAAAACUCUGGAAUACCAAGAUACGCCAGACUACAAGCAUCUCAAAAAUGUGUUGGCCAGUGUUGUCACAGGAAGACUUGACUUCUCCAUGCCUCCUGGACCAGCGGGGGGGUCAGCCACCAAGGUACAAGAUCCCCCCACCAGGGAAAAGCAGAAAGCAGGACGAGCCAGAGGUGCCGCCAGAGCCAAGGCUGUGCCCGCAGAGGAGGAUGAGGACGAGAAGAAGAUGAAGCCUAAACCAGUGCCAGCUCACCACAAAAAAGGGCCAUCCCCCGUUAAGCCUCAGGUACAACAGAGGGAUGAUGGAGUUUUGCCUGCUGUCGGCAGAUCACUGAGGCCGAGGCCUAAACCUGUGGUGACUUAUAAAGAGGACAGUGAAGAUGAGGAUGAAGAAGAAAAAGAGGAGGAGGCCGCCAGACCCACACCCAUUCCUGCAUGCUACUUGAGAGGCCCUCCUAUAGGCCCCAAAGCUCAGCCUAAACAGAACACUAAACCCAAAAGGACUGGCGGGAAAACAGAGGACCGCACCACUACCUCAGGAAGACAGCUCCGUCCGCAACAGAGAAAACACGUACUGACAAUCCAAACACACAUGGAGUACUGGGAAAGGUGGGACGAAAGGCCACUCCUCCACAGAGAGGGCGACAGCCAUGGACAGGGGGAGGACAGUGACCGCUGUAAUGAAAACACAGACAGCUGCGGUGUAUGGGAAGGGUCUGCUCUCAGGGGUCCAGAAGAGGAAGCGGCUCCCACACAGAGGAAGGGACUGUUGUCCUGGUUUAUCUAUCUUUUAUCUUUACUUCUCUUGGGUGCCGUUCUUGGAGUUUGCAAAAGUGCACUUAAACCCUUUUAAAUUAAAAAGCAGUUACUGUA